CAUCCGUGUCCAAUGGUCUUGAGAAAUGACUUUUUUCAUCUUCGUCCUUGGCUUCUUCAUAUAUGCUGAGUUUUGCUUCUGCCAAAGCAACCUGCUCUUUAAGCUCCAAUCUUUUCAUGCUUGCUUCAGCUUCCAGUUUUGCUUCUAAAAAUGACGCCUUUGUCUUCAGUUGCGCUAACUCAGCCUUUUGAUCCGCAGCACGACUACGCAAGGAAGAUACUUGCGAACGACCUGAAGAUCUUGUCUCUUUCGAACGUGUCGAGGGCGAUCUGUGCGAUCUAUGCGACUUUCCAACUGACUUCGGGUGAAUAAUAACAUCAGCUUUUAGGCUGGUAGUUGCCCGAUCAACAACGGGGAACUUUGAUGAUUUAGGAGUUGUGAAUCCAAGAGCGUCAUCUCUCAACAGAGCAUUUGUGUUUUCGUCAGCAUGAAGCUUUGAUUUUUCAUACUGGUUCCACGCCCAUUCAUUUCUUUUUAGCCAAUCAUUACAAUGAUGCUGAAAGAAAAUGAAUGGGCGUGGAACCAGUAUGAAAAAUCAAAGCUUCAUGCUGACGAAAACACAAAUGCUCUGUUGAGAGAUGACGCUCUUGGAUUCACAACUCCUAAAUCAUCAAAGUUCCCCGUUGUUGAUCGGGCAACUACCAGCCUAAAAGCUGAUGUUAUUAUUCACCCGAAGUCAGUUGGAAAGUCGCAUAGAUCGCACAGAUCGCCCUCGACACGUUCGAAAGAGACAAGAUCUUCAGGUCGUUCGCAAGUAUCUUCCUUGCGUAGUCGUGCUGCGGAUCAAAAGGCUGAGUUAGCGCAACUGAAGACAAAGGCGUCAUUUUUAGAAGCAAAACUGGAAGCUGAAGCAAGCAUGAAAAGAUUGGAGCUUAAAGAGCAGGUUGCUUUGGCAGAAGCAAAACUCAGCAUAUAUGAAGAAGCCAAGGACGAAGAUGAAAAAAGUCAUUUCUCAAGACCAUUGGACACGGAUGAUGAACAAAUCCGCUCAUAUGCGAAGUGCCAAUCUUGGGUGAAUAAUGGUUGUAUAGGUGUCAUUGGCUCCGGUUAUGAAGGCGCUAGAAGUCAUCCAAAGUUGGUAAAGAAAAUUCCCAAAUUUCUUCCUGAUGUGCCACAAAACACCGCACAACCGCAAGUGGUCGAUAAUUCAGUUGAUGUUAACAAAGACUGGAACAUUAACAAUGAGCAGGAAUCUCUAAACCCAUUUGGAAAUAACACAGAAAGGGUGUUAUGCGAAUUACUGCUACAGCAAAGUGCACCAGACAUCAAAAUUGACCCAUUUGAUGGAAAUGUGCUUGACUUCCAAUACUUCAUGACCACAUUUGAAGCAGUUGUUGAGACCAAGAUCAAAAGUAAUAAAGGUCGAUUGACUCGCCUGAUCAAUUACACAACUGGUGAGCCAAAAGAAUUGAUCAAAAGCUGUAUAUAUGAUACAUCAGAACAUUGCUACUCAAGAGCAAAGGAUCUUCUGAAGAAAACCUACGGUGAUCAAUUCAGAAUUGCAAAUGCCUACAGAAAGGAGCUCAGAGAAUGGCCCACUCUCCGUGCUGGUGAUUCUGAAGCGUUCAGAAAGUUCUAUACGUUCCUCAUAAAAUGCUACGGUGGUUUGGAGAGACAAAUAAAAAGCGAAUUAACAUCUCCAGAAGUCCUCAGACAACUUCAAUCAAAGCUCCCACAAGCCUUGCAACAAAGAUGGAAUCGGACGGUUCUCAACGUCCGUCGGAAAAACCAUCACGAAGCGGAGCUGAGGGAUUUUGUUGACUUCAUGGAGCAAGAGACAACGCUUGAAAAUGAUCCUCUCUACUCUAGAGAAGCCAUCAGUGAAUUGAAGAAUAAAAAGGAUAAUGACGUGAAAAACAAGAAAGAUCCACCCAAACUUGAAACAAACCUGACGGGCGUCACCAGAGAUUGUCUCUACUGUUCGAACAAACAUAAAUUGGAAGAUUGUCGAAAAAUAAUGAAAAUAGACGUAGAGGAAAGAAACAAAUUUGUUUGGGAGAAGAAGCUUUGUUUCGCGUGUUUGGAACCAAUUACCAGCAAUCACCAAGCAAGAAAUUGCGAAAACAAAUUGUCUUGCAAGACGUGCAAAAAGAGGCACCCAACCAUUUUGCAUGGUUUCAUCCGACCAAAGAGGACCAACAAGAACGACAAGGAAAAUAAUGAUAAAAAGGAAGGUGAGGAGCCUGAAAUCUCAAAUGCAUUUGCAAGAACGAAGAAAUCUGUUUGUUGCAAGACAGAUAACAACGUAGAAAUCAUCAGCAUGUCUGUAGUGCCUGUGGUGUUGUCGCAUCCAAAGUCUGCUGAGUCAAUCACCACCUAUGCUAUGUUGGAUAAUUGCAGUCAGGGUACGUUCAUAACCGAUGAAAUCGUUCAUCGCUUGAAUUUAACCGGUAUUUCGUCGACGAUCGUCGUGAAGACUCUCACAAGCGAGAGUCGUGAAGAUUCUUGUCUAAUAACCGGUUUGAUGGUAGAGCCCAUUACACGAGAUUUCAAAGUAACAAUACAGAGUUGUUACAGUAGAAGACAUCUUCCAAUAGAUCCCAUGGAAAUACCUACUCCCGAGAAAGUUGCUGAAUGGCCUCAUUUGCGACAUAUAAAGCAUUCCUUUCACAAAUACGAUCCUGGAAUACCGAUUGGUUUGCUUAUUGGAGCCAAUUGCCCACAAGCGCUAGAACCGAUAAAGGUAAUUCCAUCCGAUGGAAAUGGACCAUAUGGGUUAAAAACAAGGUUGGGAUGGAGUCUUGUCGGACCUUUGCUUCGUCGCAAAGGGGAGAAGCAGAAAAUUCGAUGCAACAGAAUUGCUGUGAAAGAUUCCUCCACUGACAAAGUUGCUGCACUUCACCUAAUUCAACAAGAUGAAUUACGGGAUGUAACAAUUGAGGGGAUGCUGAAAAGAAUGUACGAUGCUGAUUUUUCAGAAAUGAACGCAUUCAAGAAUAUUAAAAGUGAUUACGUAUCCAUUCACGACCAAAAAUUUUUAUCACUAAUGGAAAAGGAAGUAAAAUUUGUAAAUGGAAAAUAUCAACUCCCGCUGCCUUUAAUAAACCAACUUCCAUUUCCAAAUAAUAAAUGUCAGGCCUUGGCAAGGCUGAAAUGGAUCAAGAAGAAUCUUGAAAGUAAUUCGAUCUUCAAAGAGGAUUACCUCACGUUCAUGAACAACCUGACGACCCAAGGUUUCGCUGAGAUGGUUCCAAAGCAGGAAGUUAAAGGGGAACCUGGUCAUGUGUGGUAUAUUCCCCACCAUGGAGUUUAUCAUCCGCGUAAGCCUGGGAAGAUCAGAGUAGUAUUUGAUUGUACUGCUACAUACAAAGGCGUCUCCCUGAACGGACGACUCAUGCAAGGCCCAGAUAUGACAAAUCUGCUAGUUGGAAUUCUGUGUAGAUUCCGUUUGGAACCAGUAGCGUUUAUGGCGGAUAUCGAGUCCAUGUUCUAUCAGGUUAAGGUGCCGCCGAAUCAACGGGAUUAUUUGCGAUACCUUUGGUGGCCUGAUGGGGAUACCUCUAAAGAUUUGGUAGAUCAUCGCAUGACUGUCCAUAUAUUCGGUGGAAAUUCCUCCCCAAGUUGUUCCAACUAUGCCCUGAAAAGAAGUGGAACAGACAACGAAAGUGAAUUUGGUGAGGAGGCUGUGAAAGUUAUUAUGAAGGAUUUUUAUGUCGACGAUCUUUUGAAAUCCGUGAAAAGUAUCGAAGAAGCCAUCAAAAUCAUCAAAUCAGCGAUACAAAUUUGCAGCAAAGGUGGCUUCCGCCUCACAAAGUUCAUAUCAAAUAGCAGAGAGGUUAUCAAUUCCAUUCCUACUAAAGAACGCGCAAAGAACAUAAAGUCCCUGGACUUGAAAAACGAAUCGCUGCCGAUCGAAAGGGCCCUCGGUGUUCAUUGGUCGAUAGAGGACGACAAACUAGGUUUUCGCAUAACUAUGCAAGACAAACCUCUGUCGAAGAGAGGGGUGUUGGCUACCAUAAGCUCAAUUUAUGACCCGCUUGGAUUAGCAGCGCCGUUCUUGUUGAAGGGUAGAAAAAUUAUGCAAAAUCUUUGCAAAGAAAAAACAUCAUGGGACGAAAAGAUCUCUGAACCUCUUCGAAGCGCUUGGGAAAGAUGGCGAUUAGAUAUCGUCCUUCUUAAAAAACUGGAAGUUAACCGAUGCGUCAAGCCACUUCAUUUCAAAGAGAUCGAGUCAACGUCCCUCCAUCAUUUUUCAGACGCAUCCAAUGAAGGUUACGGAACUGCUACGUAUCUUCGCAUCAGAGAUGUAGAAGGAAACGUCAACUGCUGCUUACUCCUUGGAAAAUCGAGAGUAGCUCCAAUAAAGAUGGUUUCAAUACCAAGGUUGGAGUUGACAGCAGCAACUGUGGCCGUAAAGGUCGGAGUAAUGUUGAAGCAAGAAAUGCCUGCCGUAGACUACGAAUGUUAUUGGACAGACAGCAACGUAGUACUGGGUUAUAUUAAUAACGAAUCAAGACGUUUUCAUAUUUUUGUGGCAAAUAGAAUUCAACAAAUUCAAGAAAAUACUUCGUUGGAUCAAUGGAAUCACGUUCCUACCCAUGAAAACCCAGCCGAUGAUGCCUCGAGAGGCAUAAGUUUGAAACAUGUAGAGAAGAGUAGUAGAUGGUUCAAGGGACCUCAGUUUCUCUGGGAAGAAAGGGAAGCAUGGCCAGCUGCCUACGAUCCAGCGAAAAACAGUGUCACUGAUGAUCCCGAAUUUAAACGUAGCGUUUCAGUAUUUGUUUCAGCAACUGAUUCUGGAAUCUUAUGUACAUUCGAGAGAAGAAUUUCCAGGCUACAGAAAUGCAUACGGGUCAUGGCCUUGGUCGGUCGAUUUAUCGACAUUCUGAAGAUGAAAAUAAAAGCCCCAAGUCAUGGGAUGACAAGAAGAAGCCAGAAGGCGAGUCCCCCAGUGCUGUGCGUUGAAGAUCUUCAACGAGCCGAAAAAUGUUUAAUAAAAUUAGUACAACAACAACACUUUGCCUCUGAAAUUAAAGCUCUUGCUUCAAAGGAAUGGAGACAAGAUCGACGAAACGACAAAAUUAAGAAGUCUGCUUUGAAAGAAUGCAGCAAAUUAUACAAAUUGAGUCCUUUCAUUGACGAUGAUGGAAUUCUCAGAGUUGGUGGAAGAUUGUGCAACAUGGAUGAAGCGUAUCAAUUCAAAUAUCCUGCUAUUCUUCCCAAAGAAAGUUGGUUUUCCGAACUUGUGCUCCGAUGGUGCCACGAAAACACUCACCAUUCGGGGAGAGGAAUAACAUUGCAAGAAAUUCAGCAACGUGGAUAUUGGAUCAUACACAUCAACUCAGCAGUACGACAGUUGAUUCAUCAUUGUGUACGAUGUAGAAUAUUGAGGGGAAGAGCUGGCCAGCAAGUCAUGGCAGAUUUACCCAAAGAUCGAGUAGACGCAUGCCCACCUUUCACAUACUGCGCAGUGGAUCUCUUUGGGCCAUUGGUCAUAAAACCAUAUCGAAAGUUUGUAAAAAGAUAUGGCUGCCUCUUUACCUGUUUGGCGAGCAGAGCCGUCCAUAUUGAAGUUGUCAACACCUUGGAAACUGACUCCUUCAUUCUAGCUUUGCGACGGUUUGUUGCUAGAAGAGGAAACAUUCGAACGAUGAGAAGCGACAACGGCACUAACUUUGUCGGCACCGAGACCGAGUUCAUAAAGGCAUUAAAACAAAUGGACAAUGCGAAAGUUAAACAAUUCCUUCAAAGUGUUGGUUGUGAUUGGAUUCUCUGGAAGAGGAAUACACCUGCUGCUUCGCACAUGGGUGGAGUAUGGGAGCGCCAGAUUCGAUCUGUGCGCGCAAUAUUAAAAGAUCUUUUCAAUCAUAAUGGCUCGCGUUUGAGUGAAGAAUCGCUGCACACUAUUUUAACAGAAGCAGAAAGUAUCGUUAACUCUAGACCUUUAUGCGUCGAAGCAAUCAGCGAUGCAAACAGUGCAACACCAAUUUCACCACUUGCUCUUCUAACGAUGAAAUCAAAGGUAGUUUUACCGCCUCCUGGUAAUUUUGAAGAAGCGUCGUUAUAUUGCAGGAAACAGUGGAAAAGAGCUCAGUAUGUGUUGGAUAUGUUCUGGAGACGAUGGAAAUGCGAAUAUCUGUGUUCACUACAGACACGAACAAAGUGGAAUAAAAACGAACGAAAUUUUGCUGCUGGUGAUAUAGUGAUGGUGCAAAAUGAGGAUUGUGAAAGAGGACGGUGGCCACUGGCAAGAGUGGUGGCUGUAAAAACGAGUGCAGAUGGAAAGGUUCGGAGUUGUAGCGUGAAGCUUGGUAGCCGUGCUGGUACAAUAUUGGAUCGACCAAUCACGAAAUUGAUACAAUUGUUAGAAUAUCGAAUCCCCGACGAGGAGCCACAAUUUUCAAGAUGAACUUGAGGGGAGCCAGAUGAAAUGGCCCCUAUGGGAUUUCGUUUAGAGACAAUUAUAGUUUGUGUGUUUGAGUUGUCCCUUGUGGUGCGCUAAUGUCAUUGUGUGUGUUAGUCGUGCGUAUCGUAGCUGUGCAGUAAUUGUUAUGUUUUUGUGUCACUUUUGUGUAUAAAAAGAGUUGUAUUUUUGUGUAAAACAGUUGCUUAGCGUUGUGAACAGCGAGAACAGUUUACUACGGAUUUUGAGGAUUUGUACUUUAUUAUUGGAAAGAAACUGUUGAAUCUUACAAAAUUCUGUCUUUUUAUGUGAACCGAACAACAACGCGCAGUAACAUUAUGGCUGGUUAUUUCUUCCUUCUGUUGAUAACUAAGUUACAUUACAAGCUAGACAUACGUUUACCAAUGCUAAAAUUUCUUCAUGCUACACAACUCACUUCUUGUUGAGAACUACACAUUCAUUGGGCGAUAACUAUUUGACUUCUUAUUUCAAGCACCAGAGGGUGUAAUCUUGCCUUUUGGUACACACUCUUAUACUCUUUAUAGUUCCGGUCUGUAUUUUACACGCUUUACACGCUACAUAGUAAUUUUUUCAGUUCUAACCUGCAGCAGUAAAAUUGCUUUAAAAUCACUUUAAAAUAAAUUUGGUUAAAUGCUUGUUCUUAUAACUUCUUAUAAAUAUUAUUUGUUUUCUGUAUCAAAUAAGAGAACUUUU